GGCGCGGUGAUCCUUCCCGCAGGAUUUGCGCUUUCAUCGUGCCCCUUCUCCCAGAAGCGCCCUCCCCGCCAUAGUUCAUCGGAAUAACAACCCUGUGAGUUCUCUUAGGAUUUUGGUGUUCGACCUAGCAUAACCAUGCCGGUUCCAGAUGUUAUGUUUUGUGCACAGCAGAUUCAUGUCCCCCCAGAACUGCCAGAUAUAAUGAAACAGUUUACCAAGGCUGCUAUCAGGACCCAGCCACGGGAUGUUCUCCAGUGGUCUUAUGGGUAUUUCCAUGCUUUGGCAAAUGGAGAUCCUCUUCCAGUGAAGGAACGUGUUGAAAUGCCAGUAGCCACUCAGAAAAAUGACACUGGUCUGACACCAGGACUCCUUAAAGUUUUGCAUAAACAGCUCUCUGAAAAGGAAACUGUGGAUUUACCAGAACUUCAGAGAAGAUGGAAGAACUUGUGUUUGCCAAUGCAGCAGCUGCACAACCUUCUUCGACUGGACAACUUUGCAGAUGGAGUGGAAUGGAUGAAGUUUUUUGCACUUGCUUGUAGUGCUCUUGGUGGGUCUUUGCACAGUUCCAUGAAACAUGCCUGUGAGAUUUUAACGAAGGACCCAGAGGGUGGAGCAGCCCGCAUUCCAUAUGACACUUUCGCAUUUAUCUAUUGCUACUUGGCUGGCUUAGAUGAAGAAAUAUCACAGGAGACAGUAGAAUCUUUUCUCAAUGCUCUGAAAGAGCAAGUGUCACGUAAGGAAUACAUGGUUGGAAUUGCAGAUUUCAGCACUGUAAAAAAGACAACUUAAGAUAGAGGAGAAAUGUUAGUACAUAGCGGAACUUAAUGUGAAAUAUUUCAUAAAAUACAGGUUUUUCGUAUCACCUUGCA